AUGGAGGUUGUGGAAAAUAUUUUCAAAGAAUAUUUCAAAGAAAUAGAGUAUUCUGAUGACAAGAUGUAUUAUGUAAAAGGGAAGAAAAAGGGUUCCUUCAAAUGUGUUUUCAAAAGGAGAUUGUACUACAUAUCUCCUGAUAGUACAGACAUUUUCUAUUGUGCGUAUAGGCAAGAUCCAUGUCACGCAAAAGUUAUAAAGGAUGGUGAAUCUUUCAAAGAAGAAGGGAAACACGUUUGUAAAAAUGAAGAGAAGCGGAAUAUAGACCAUGUUGGACUAGAAAUUGCAGAAAAUUGUAUAAGGAAAAUGUGCAAGGAUACUACUUUGACCUACAGAAAAAUAAUAGAAAUUGUUCAGGAACGGUAA